AUGUUAUUUAAUUUAUCCAAAUAUGUGUUAUUCUUUUUUAUUUUUGUAGAAGCCUGAUUUCUUAGUAUUGACACUUAUCUGUAAUAUUAAUUAAAACACAAGAUCCAAUUAAUUUUAAAUAAUAUGGAAAAUAUGAAUAAUCAAAUAAUAAAAUUCUGUUAAUAUGCUAAAAGGCGAAUUAUUGGAAAUAUUUAUAAGUAUUAGGUUUCAAUUUCAAACACCCUUUAUCACCAAUAUAAUUUUUGGGAUUUAUCACAUUUAUUAAUAAACGGUUGGGACAAAUUCCACCAACUUCAUUUACUAAUGUGGAAUAUUGAAUUUCUCAGGCUACAUUCACACUUUAUAACAACACUCAAACACAUCAAUAAUUAAAUUCGAUUCUACAAAAAAUGAUUGACCUAAAUUUUCUAUGGCCAGGCCGUGAGAAUGCAAGUGAUGUCGUAAAGUACGCUACAAGUAUCGGAUGGUCGACCAUAGGAUUUAACGUUUACUUUACAGCAAAUGACCAAGGUGUGAAUCAAGUCAAAUUUGUUGGCGACCUUGAGAAAAAUAAAAGAAAUUUAGGAAAUGAUUACUUCGGACCUCUUCUAUGUAAUCAAAUAUUUCCCUUAAUUUCUAACACUUCAGGUGAGUCCGGAUUGUUUUUGGGGAACAAUUUUGUUCGUAGAAUAACUGUACUUCUUAUGGACAACUUUAAACCAAAUUCUCUUCUGAAAUUUGAGCUUUCUAACGAGUUUGAGAUCUUUAGUGUCAUUCCUACCAGCAAACGAUCGUUUCAGGCUGCCUGCCAGAAUCUAAACUGCGACCUAAUAAAUUUGAACGUUUAUUGCUAUUAUUCACCAUUUAAAUUGAAACGUGGUUUUAUAAACUCCGCUUUAGAAAGGGGAUGCUAUUUCGAGGUUUCAAUUUCUGACGAAAUGGUUAAAAAUCUAGAUUUGGAAAAGAUUGUUGGUACAAACCUUAUAGAGCCGAUCAACCUGGCAUUCCAAAGGAACUUACCUGGGUUGUUAAAAUACAUACCAACGUCAAAAUUGGUGAUAUCAUCGGGAACGAGUGUCGCAACUAACCUAUCCGACCCGGAAUCAUUUCUUGGGGCUUGCAAUGAACUGUUCCGAGGAUUUUCUGGCAAAAAUUUGAAUUUAAAAUCCUGUUUAACAAAAGUCCCUAACGAUUGCAUUGUAAAAGGGGCAGCUAGAUUGACUUUUGGAACAGGAGUUGUAUCAUAUAAAGAGGGAAAUAACCUGGGAAAAACAUUUAAAUAA